CAUGUGAUGUAGAUGUGAAACUCGUCACAUUAGCAAGUGGAACAACUGUGGGCAUGAAUCAGCAUCUGUGUGUGUGUGUGUGAGAGACAGUGAGACGCAAUGUGGAUUUUUCUCAUCAUCACCCUUUCCUGGCUGUCGACGGCUCGAGCCGGCAGCCGUGGAUCGUCGAGACAAGCGAGUAAUGAAGCCACUCGUGGUCCAGACGUUAUGGACCAUCCCAGUUGUGCAACGCGUAUACCCACAUCAUCCCUGAAUUUGUGUAAGGAUGUCCUCAGCGAGUGCUAUCGAAGUGCCCUCUGCCAUCAAACCGCCCACUGGACCAGGUGUUACGAGGAAAGGAUUUCAACCUGCGUCCGGGGACGCAGUUUCAUACCAAACUUCGUUCUUCAGACAGUGAACUCGUCUCAAGAGGCUGAAGUGAGUCCCACUUCGAUGCACAGGGUUCACAUCCCAUCCUCAGCUCUCCGGAGAAGCAGAGGGGAUGAAUCGCAGACGGACGUAGUGCUGGUGACCACAGUGAUCAACAGCACUUACUUCACGCCGAGUCCCCGUCGCAUGAAAGGAACGAGGACAGCGCUCACACCCAACAGCAGUGCCCACGGGCAAGGCUCUGUGAUGGGAGGGCUAGUCCUGGCAGUGAGGGCAGGGAGCCGUCCCGUCGUAAACCUCUCGCAGCCCAUCACACUGACCUUCACACACGACAAGCAGAUGGAAAAGGGGUCUUGUGUGUUUUGGGAGGAGUUAGAGGACGGAGCAGGUCAUUGGAGCGGGCACGGCUGUGAGACCAAUGACACCGGUGCCGCGGUUGUUUGCAGCUGCAACCACCUCAGUUUCUUUGCUGUGCUUGUGAAUCCUGUACUGUCAGUGGGAGAAACUCAUUCCACGAAUCUAAGCUACAUCACCUACAUCGGAUCAGCGCUCUCCGUCUUCUUCACUGUCAGCAGCUUGAUCAUCUGCACAUGUCUACAGCGCCGGUGUCCCAAGAAGGCCAUCGGUGUGCACAUGCACCUGACGGGGGCGCUGCUCUGCCUCCACCUCGGCUUCCUGCUGAGCAGCUUUUGGGUGCGGCAGCUCGCGGGGGGCGAGGAGGGCUGGGUCUGCCGCUGCCUGGGUCUCUUUUUGCACUGGUCCAUGCUGGCCACCUUCUGCUGGAUGACCCUGGAGGGGUUCCACCUCUACCUUCUCCUUGUCCAGGUCUUCAACAUCUACGUCAGGAGAUACAUGCUCAAACUCAGCUUGGUCGGAUGGGGUCUCCCUACACUGAUAGCAGUGGUUUGUGCGAUUUCAGGUGUUUAUGGCAAAAACAGUCUGGAACUGAGGGAUGCCAGGAACCACAAUUCAACAGCGCAGAUUCACAGAUGCUGGAUGAGCAACCAGUUCCCGCAAAGGCUCGUAGUCAGCUACAUCACUACGGUGGCCUUUCCGUGCCUGGUGAUACUGUACAAUUCCUGCAUGCUGGGGCUGGUGGUGUUCAAGCUCUGGAGCGUUAGACGGGGCAGUGGAGACUGGAAGACAGGGAACAGUGAGGGGGGGACGAGGCUGUGGAAGGACGGCGUCACCGUGCUGGGCCUCAGCUGGGUGCUGGGGUUGCCGUGGGGCUUGGCGGCCACCACCUACAUCUCUCUCCCUGGGAUCUAUGUGUUCACUAUACUUAACUCCCUGCAGGGUGUAUUUAUGUUCCUGUGGUCCAUGGCCUUGACCCGCAAGUCUCAAUCUGACAACAGCUCAUCAAUCAGAGACCCGUCUUCACAGAAUAUGACUACCAUCGUCAAUAAAUGAUAUUUGCAGCCAAAAUAUAUGCAUGUGUAUGUAUGAUCCAUUGCCUAUAAUAUGUGUUUACUGACCUUUGGACGCCAGUCAUAUGCAGUUAGCUAACAAUACAUUUAUUUGUCUGUUGAUAUCUUCCCUUUUCUUUGAAUAAAGGAAAAUAAGGCAUCAUCAAAAUGAUAAAUAACAACAACAAUUAUGAUUCUUAUGGAUACAGUUGUAUCAAAAAUGGACAGGCAGAUGUUGCCAAUGAUCUUACUGCUGAAUUAUAAUGUUAUAAUGUAUAAUAUUCUUCUCCGCAAAAGUGACAUGUCAGGAUCAAAAAGGCAUUUAAGGUGGGAAUAUCAGGGGAUAUGUGUUUUGUGUUGUCAUGUUUGCAUCAUAGAGUAGCAUUUCUAAUUCGGUUGUAUGUGCUAACAAUGACAAUAAAGUCAAUUCUGAUUCCGA